AUGGCAUCCAUUUUGCCUACAGCUAUCGUCAAUAGUGAGUGCUCUAGUACAAUUUAUUUAAUCUAAACCAUUAUUUAAACAUUGCUGUAUGCUUACCACAUCACAUUAACAACACCUAUCUGUUGGGCUUAGGAUUUCUCUGAAUUCACCAGCAGAGGCUUUCAAGCCAGGAAAAAACACAGAUUACCAGGUUCCUAGACCAUGGGUGGGCCAAUGUGGUGCCAUGUUUCCGGAUGCCAACUCCCAUCAGCCUCAGCCAGCAUAGUUAAGAAUGAUGGGAGUUGGAGUCCAGUACCAUCUAGAGGGCACACCAUUGGCUACCGCUGUCCGAAGCUGUAUUUCUGAAGAUGAGAUUGCAGAAUCAUCCGCCCCAGAAAAAUGUGACAUCCCAUUUUUUCUUGUGAGAGAACAGCAGCCAAAAUGACUGCUGCGAUCUCUUGCAAUUUCAGGCUGCACUUUUGGGGGGCUUGGCACCAAAAAAACCCUCGCAUUUUGGGGCUCCACAGAAGAGCACUGCCCCCCAAAAGCGCUUUUUGGGGGCUGUGAUCUUGCGUGGGUCACAUGACUCCCCUGGGAGUGUGGACCCAGAAGAUGGCAUCCUGGAUUUGGGCCGCAUUGCGCUGGCAGGUGUGCUUUAUGAUUGAAUGCUCUUCCAAAUAAAUCACUCCCUCUGCUUAGAAAACCAGAUAUCAGUGAAAGGAUCUUGGCUUAGCCUUUUCCUUGGCAUGCUAGGUUUGUGUGUGUGGUAAGUUCCUGCUUCUAAUCUUCGACCCCCUCCCGUCAAUGGAGGAUUAAGUUCUUCAACUAAAUUCUACCGUUCUCACAGCCAAUGACCUGUUUGUUUGUUUGUUUCCUUGGGAAAAAAUUUACACAAUAUUUUCUGAUUGAGGUUCCACUUGAAUGGUUCCCUAAUCUGGCUACCAGGGGAGAGGGAAAGAAAAUACAUAAAUGUAUAAUACACACAGGCUGCGUACCUGUUUUCUUGACUCCAACUGCAGAGAACAUGAAAGAUAAUUGUUAGAUAAGUGAGCUGUGUAUAUUUCGUAUUGAUGCCCAGACCCAGAAUUUACAACAAAACAAAAGAGGGGGUGAGGAAUUACUUCUCGCACCUGGUUUCCUUUGAGCUGUUAUGUGUUGUUUAUUAAUCAUGCACUAUGCUGCCACCCUGCUGUUAAAUGGGUACUUUUAAAAUAAGAAGAUCAGGCAGCUUAAACUUGUUGGACUAAGGCUUGUCGGCAGGAGUAAACUAUGGCUUACUCACACCUGGUUUGUUUUACCCCCUCCCUUGUAGAGGACAUAUUCCCCUGCAAAUCUUGUGGCAUUUGGUAUCGGAGCGAGAGAAAUCUGCAAGCUCACCUCAUGUACUACUGCAGCGGGAGGCAACGGGAAGGAGCUCAGCUUUCGGAGGAGAAUGACGACAGCGUUCAGCAGAUAUCCAGCAUCUGCCCUUUUCCACAGUGCACCAAAAGCUUCUCUAACGCAAGGGCCCUGGAAAUUCAUCUGAAUUCUCACAGUGGUAAGUGAAAUAUUUGCUCCACUGGAGUCAGCUUUCCUUAAGACAUUUCAAACUUAAUUCUUUUUUUCCUCCUUUUUAGCAACAUGCCCAUGAGAAGUUGUAAAAAAGGUGAAGCCACAAGCACUCAACUCAGUGAUUACUGGCUUAUGCUGCAGUAAUCACCUGUUCUGUUUAAGAUAUUAAAGUAUCACAACUGUCCUACCUUUUUCUGAACUAAAUGGGAAGAUCAGACGAGGCAAAAGCCAUUCAUGAUAUGACGGUGCUUGUUAGGUGAUAUGAAUGUCAGAACUUAAGCCUUAACUAAAUGGUAGUCCUGGGACUGGUGCUGUCAUUGAGAUAAGCUGUUUGCAUAGCAUCAUGCUAUUAUCCCCAUAAGGCUGAUAAAGGUGGGGUCGGACCUUGCCUUGAAGACUGCCAGGCUUAGAGUCUGGGAUGAAGGGGAAAGGGUCUCAAAAGUCCAUGCUGAAUGUCCUUUGUCCUGGUGUGACUCAUGGUCACAGAAUGUCUCCACAUGGCCAGCCACCACAUAGUGUUCUGCACUGACCAGCAUAUGGGUGAUUUGGGAGUGGGUAAUUUCUGUGGUCCACGUGUCAUGGCCAAAAGAAAUUCUACUUAGGUUUAGGCUUUCAUUUGCUGCUUCUCUCUGCUGUUGGGGUGGUGGACAUAUGAGGAUGAUAUCCUGAUAUCAGGAUAUCAUCCUGGGUGACAGGAUGUAUGUGAUGGAAUUUAAGGGAUUCAUCAUAAGAGUCCUUAGGGAGUUUUCUGUUGGCAUGGCCAACACUGCUCUUGAAACCCUAAUUGGUUUAUAUGAUGCAGACAUGGCUUGGGUGGUUGCCAUGAUUGCUCUCAAGCCUUCUCCCACAAGACACAGCCUGUUCAUCUUACUGGGGGCAAUAACGCAGCCUGAAUGCAGGUAGUGGAAAACUCUGUGUGAAUCUGGCCAAAUAUAGGUAAAAGUCCAGCUUCAAGAAUGUCCUGUGGUUGUGAUGGCAGCAAAGGAAAUAUAGCCACUGAGUGCCAUCUAGCAAUGCUCUUCUAGGUGUUCUUCUGUCUUAUUCAGCCUGGCUAGCAGAAAAGGCCCAUGGGUAACCUGCUAUGACUAGCUUAGUAAGCACUCACUAAGACACUCACAUCUUAUUCAUAUCUAUCAUCUAUCUAUCUAUCAUCUAUCUAUCUAUCUAUCUAUCUAUCUAUCUAUCUAUCUAUCCACACACAUACAUACACACACACACACACACACACACACACACUUUUGUAACUGCCCUGGGAAUGUGAAGUGUGCAUUAUAAAAUUCAGAAGUAAGCUUAUAAGGAUUUGUAAUUGCUUUCUGUUAAACAUAUUCUGGCAGACAAAAGACUCAAAUUAACUUGUUGGUUUUGUUUUUUUUGUUCUUACCCCUUUCGCAGGAGUAAAAAUGGAAGAAUUUCUUCCCUCCGGUUCUAGCCUGAAAUGUACGGUUUGCAACUACACCGCAGACUCUGUGAUUAACUUCCAUCAGCACCUGUUCUCACAUCUCACUCAAGCUGCCUUUCGAUGCACACACUGCCAUUUUGGCUUCCAAACUCAGAGGGAGCUGCAGCAGCACCAAGAUCUACACGUCUCUGGCAACAAACUUCAGAGAGAAAGUGAUACUGAACACUCUCCAAGUGGCAACGAAGAGACUUUGCAGGCAACUGCAGAUCUGCUGAACAGGAAUGACGGCUCCCAAAGCCAAAAGACAAUGCAGACAAAGGAUGCAAGUUCUGACACCGAGCUCGACAAAUGUGAAAAAAAGACUCCCCUUUUCCUUCCAAAUCAGAGGCCAGAAACACAGCCUGUCACAAAUAAGCAAAGCUUUUCCUACACAAAAAUAAAAUCUGAGCCAUCUAGCCCAAGGCUUGCCUCGUCCCCAGUCCAGCCUAACCUGGGUCCUUCUUUUCCAAUGGGACCUUUUCUUUCUCAGUUCGCUUUCCCCCAGGACAUCACUGUUGUUCCUCAGGCCUCUGAGAUCUUAGCCAAAAUGUCCGAGUUGGUCCACCGAAGACUGAGGCACGGAAGUAACAAUUAUCCCCCGGUCAUUUACAGUCCGCUCAUGCCAAAAGGAGCUACCUGUUUUGAGUGCAACAUAACAUUCAACAAUCUGGACAACUACUUAGUGCACAAAAAGCAUUACUGCAGCAGUCGAUGGCAGCAAAUGGCAAAGUCGCCAGAUUUUGGCAGUGUUUCGGAAAAAAUGCCGGAGGCUGUGAGCCCCAACAACGGUCAAAAUUCUAUCAACAUUUUGAGUAGUACGCCUCACACUUCAGACCCAGAGAAUCAGCUCCUUCAGGCUUCCUGCAUCAACUCCUCCACUGUAUUAGACAUGAUUGGGCCAAACAGUAAGGGGCAUGAAAAGGACUUCUCCUCCCAGGUGAAAAAGCUGGCUAGUGCUGCCAACAGUGAUGAGAAAAUGAACGGGAAACCUUCCGAUAGCAAGAACUCAACGACUACUCCUUUAAUUGAAGGAGAAAGUGAUCCCAACAAAACCACGUGCGAAGCUUGCAAUAUUACCUUCAGUAGGCAUGAAACAUAUAUGGUCCACAAGCAGUAUUAUUGUGCCACACGUCACGAUCCUCCCUUGAAAAGGUCUGCUUCCAACAAAGUGCCUGCCAUGCAGAGGACGAUGCGCACACGCAAGCGAAGGAAGAUGUAUGAGAUGUGCCUGCCGGAACAAGAGCAGAGGCCACAGCUGGUCCAGCAGCGUUUUCUUGAAGUGGCUAAUCUCCCCAACCCAUGCACAUCUUCUCAAGAGCCGACAGAUGGCCUCGGGGAGUGCUACCACCCACGCUGCGAUAUCUUUCCAGGAAUAGUCUCAAAGCACUUAGAAACAUCGCUGUCCAUCAACAAAUGCAUCCCGGCCUCAAAAUGCGACACGCCACAUUCCACCGUUUCUUGCUUGGAGAUGGAUGUACCUAUCGAUCUCAGCAAAAAAUGCUUGUCCCAGUCUGAUAGGACAUCUGCUUCCCCCAAAAGGUUGCUGGACUACCACGAAUGCACAGUAUGCAAGAUCAGUUUUAACAAGGUAGAGAAUUACCUGGCGCAUAAGCAGAAUUUCUGCCCCGUCACUGUGCAUCAGCGUAACGAAAUGGGGCAGCUUGACGGCAAAGUGUUUCAAAACCCAGAAAGCGAACGGAACAGCCCCGAGGUCAGUUAUGAACGGAGCAUAAUCAAAUGUGAGAAAAACGGGAGCUCGAAACAGCCUUCUCCCAACGGAAACCUGUUUUCUACGCACUUAGCAACUCUUCAAGGACUUAAGGUCUUCAGUGAAGCUGCCCAGCUCAUUGCUACAAAGGAAGAAAACAAACAUUUGUUUCUUCCACAAUGCCUUUAUCCAGGAGCAAUAAAGAAAGCUAAAGGAGCAGACCAGCUUUCUCCAUAUUAUGGAAUAAAGCCAAGUGAUUACAUUUCUAGUUCCCUUGCCGUUCACAACAACGAUGCAGAUCAAAGUACCAAUGCAGAAGGUGAUUCCCUGAAGGGCCAGUCCCCCUCCAAUGGGUGCCCAGUCCAGAAGAAAGAGUCUCUGCCAUUGCUGCCAAAAAACAGAGGCAUGGUUAUAGUGAACGGCGGACUGAAACAGGAGGAAAGGCCUGCGGCAAACCCUCAGCAGGAGAACAUUUCCCAGAAUACCCAGCAGCAUGAAGAUGGGCACAAAUCUCCAUCUUGGGCCUCUGAUAACGUUUUAGCUGCCAAUGAAAACGUCUCUCCAACCACUCCUGCAGCAGAAGAACAGUUGUCUAGUAUAGCAAAAGGCGUGAAUGGGUCCACUCAGGCACCCACCAGUGGAAAGUAUUGCCGCCUGUGUGACAUCCAGUUCAACAACCUAUCAAACUUUAUAACUCAUAAGAAGUUUUAUUGCUCAUCACACGCAGCAGAACACGUCAAAUGA